AUGUUCAAGAAGAAGCCGACGAUCAAAAACCUAGCACCCUUGCGAUCGUCAGACAGGAGGAAGAUCGCCGACCAGAUCAUCAGCGACUACCACAUCUCCGUGCCCACAACCCCGUCCGGCGACGCAAGUGAUUCAGCUGCAUCGGGCCCCUCAUCGAACCUCUCCACAAUCCGCAAUGCCCUCCUCCCCGAUAACUCGCAGACCGCACGAUUCACAACAACCGCGGGCCGGGACCUCAAGGAGGUCCAGGGCAUUGUCUAUGUUGGCGCCCACCACGGCGAAGACCGGGUGCUCUGGUUCAAGCUAGAACACGGCCCCGGGGCGGACAGGCGCCUGUAUCCUACGGUCUACACAUUAUGGCAUAACCCCAACAUUAUCCCGCUGCUCUAUACUCCGGAGAUGGUGAUGCGAAAGCUGCAUGGCGGCGCGGACUUGAUGACGCCCGGUCUGGCCAACGAGCCGCCGUUCCCGCAACGCGCAGUCAAGGGCGCGGUAGUCGCUGUGGCAAGCGUGGAUCGACACACUGUGCCCUUAUUCGUGGGUGUUUGUGAGAUCGAUGUCUCGGCAUUGGGAGAGGUACAGGGUACCAAGGGCCAUGCGGUUCGUGGCCUGCAUUGGGAAGGGGACGAGCUGUGGGCUUGGAGCUCUUCACCUCGCCCCGGUUGUCCCGCCCCAGAGUACUUACAGGGCUGGGAUGAAGAAGCCGAUGGAGUGGAGGAGGGCGUUAAAGAACUCACGCUCAUAGACCAAGAGGAGGCUCCCGCUGCAAACACCGUGGGCGAAUCUUCAAAUGAACAGGCGGCCCCAGGGGAAGAGCCCGUUGCCGAGGAAAGGGAGCCCUCAACGAAAGAAAUCGACGACGCAUUUAUAAAUUCUUUUAUCUACGCCCUCUACAAGCUCAAGAGCGACAAUCCAUCGACACCAAACCACGGCUUGUCACUCCCGAUUACACCCUCAGCGUUGAUAUCAAACUUCAUCACCCCUUAUCUCCCUGUUUACUCGGCACAGCAAGCUCAGUUUUAUAACGUUAAGAAGACAAGCUGGAAAAACGUCAAGAAGUUCAUCAAACAUCUGGACAAGAUGCAGUUGGUGAAGGCAAAAGACCGCAGCGGACAGGAAACCGUCAUACUGGAUGUUGACUUUGACGACCACCGGGUGGAACGGUUUGUGCCAUACAAGCUACCGUCACGCAAUGCAGUUGAGAAUGCCGGGAAGGCCAAGCCCUCCGAGGACAAGAAAUCAAGUGGCGCAAAUGGUGACGACCCGUCGGUAGGACAGUCACUUACCGUCCUGAGUCUAUACAGACCAACAAGCAAACUGACCCCGACCAUUUUCCCGUCUCUCGGGGCGGGGAACCCAAAAAACUACUACAAGUAUUCCGAUGUCUCAACCCACCUGGAUCAGUACCUACAGUCGCAAGAUCCGCCCCUUAUCUCGCAAGAAAACCGACGCAUCAUCACCCUCAACCCGUUUCUCGCCACCACUAUAUUCACCUCGUCAUCCACCGAAGACAAGGGCACACUCGCGCGCGGCAAAAUCACCCGUGACGGUCUCUUGAAACGCAUCGUGGAAGAUUCCUCCUUCCUGCAACCGCACUACGCCAUCUUGAAACCAGGCCAAACUCUUGCGGACGUCAAGGCCAAAGCCGGCGCAACACCCAAAGCGCUCGUCUCAAUUGAGAAGCGCACAGGCACAAAGACCGUCACCAAGGUUACGAACCUGGAGAUCUUUGGUAUCACGCCUAGUCUGCUUGCGGAGGAACUGCAGAAAAAGUGCGCCAGUAGCACGAGUGUCACGCAGGCGACGGGUGGCGUGAAGGGAGUUAUGGAGGUCCUGGUACAGGGGGACCAGCGGAAAGCCGUUGAUACGGCGCUGGUGAGGAGGGGAUUGCGAUCGCAGUGGGUUGACGUGGUUGAUAAGACGAAGAAAAAGAAAUAG